AUGGCAUCGGGGACAUCUCUUCUCCUCUGGUUGCUCCUCUUGUUGCCGUCGUUUGCCAUUUCCUCAGCAUCGAGCCGUGGCAUCCGUCUUGAGCUAACGCACGCAGACACCCGCGGUGACUUCACGGGGAUCGAGCGCAUCCGUCGCGCUGCCGAACGGAGCCACCGCCGAGUCAACGGCCUCCUCGCCGCUGCCCCUCCAUCCCCUGCAUCGCUGCAGAGCGGCGGUGCUGAUGAAACGGCGGCCGUUCACGCGAGCGCGGCAACGUACCUCGUCGACCUCGCCAUCGGCACGCCGCCGCUAGCGAUCACCGCGGUCCUCGACACGGGCAGCGACCUCAUCUGGACGCAGUGCGACGCGCCCUGCCGGAAGUGCUUCCCGCAGCCCACGCCGCUGUACGCGCCGGCCAGGUCGGCGACAUACGCCAACGUGUCGUGCCGCUCAUCGCUGUGCGAGGCGCUCCGAGACCCGAGGUACCAUUGCUCGGCCCCCGAUCCCGGCUGUCCGUACUAUUUCUCCUACGGCGACGGCACCUCUACAGACGGCGCCCUCGCCACCGAGACGUUGACGCUCGGCUCAGGCACUGCCGUGCACGGCAUCGCGUUCGGCUGCGGCACGGAGAACCUUGGCAGCACGGACAACUCGUCCGGUCUGGUCGGGAUGGGAAGGGGGCCACUUUCGCUCGUGUCCCAGCUGGGCAUCACCAGGUUCUCCUACUGCUUCACGCCCUUCAGCGACAAGGCGGCGAGCCCUCUCUUCUUAGGCCCGUCGGCGACCCUCUCGACCACCGCCCAGUCCACGCCGUUCGCGCCGAACCCAGCCGGCGGGCGCAGGAGCUCAUAUUACUACCUCACGCUGGAAGGGAUCACCGUCGGCAAGACCCUGCUGCCGAUCGACCCCGCCGUGUUCCAGCUGUCGCCCAUGGGCGGCGGCGGGUUCAUCAUCGAUUCCGGCACGACGUUCACCGCGCUGGAGGAGCGCGCGUUCGUGGUGCUGGCCCGCGCGGUCGCGGCGCGCGUUGGGCUCCCGCUGGCCAGCGGCGCGCACCUCGGCCUCAGCCUCUGCUUCGCUGCACCGGAGGGGAAGACCGAGGCGGUGGACGUGCCGCGCCUGGUGUUCCACUUCGACGGCGCGGACAUGGCGCUUCCCAGGGAGAGCUACGUUGUGGAGGACCGGAACGCUGGGGUGGCCUGCCUCGGGAUGGUGAGCAUGCGGGGGAUGUCGGUGCUCGGCAGCGUGCAGCAGCAGAGCAUGCACUUUCUGUAUGAUCUUGAGGGGGGCGUGCUGUCGUUCGAGCCAGCUGAAUGCGACGAGCUCUAG